GGCCCAGGGUCAUUGUUGGAGGCCUAAAUGUUGCUAUGACUACUGCAACCUUGGUGACUGAACUAAACAGAAAGGAGAGCCUGCUCAGUCUCCUCAGACUUAAGCAAGCAAGUCUGUAGACAUGUCUGCGGAAAAGAUAACAAAAGUAGAAGAGAACUUUCAAAGGGCCCUAGAAUUUAAGAAGAUGGUCAACAGGUGGCAAACUUCACAUAUUCACUGUGCAUGGCAGAUGACAUUGAGCCAGAGGAGAAACCCAUACACCAUCCUAAGGAUGCAAGAUGCCAUGGUAAAGGAAUUGGCACUGGCCAACAAACAACUACUGAUGGUCCGUCAAGCUGCCCUGCACCAGCUGUUUGAAAAGGAGCAUCAGCAGUACCAGCAAGAACUAAAUCAGAUGGGCAAAGCUUUUUAUGUGGAGAGACUCUGACAGCCUCCGAAACACUGCUCUUCCCUUCUUGCCAUACCUGCUAACGUAGCCUUCUUGAGCCUCUACUACCUUGAACUUCCUUCCCCAAACAGAC